AUGAAGGAUGCAUCUGGCAAUACUGAUUUGGAACAAUGGAGCAAGGAAAAGAAUUAUGCAUCAAUGGAAUGCAAUAAUGUUGGAUCUGGGGGUCUUGUUUUCAAGAGCAAAGAAGAAUUGCUCAGUUGGGUACAAGACCCUGGAAGGAGAAAUGGGUUUGUGAUUGUCAUCAAGACAUCGGACUACGGUGAUGGUCGUAGGACACCAAGAAUAUAUCUUGCCUGUGAGAGAAGUGGUCAAUACAGAGCUCAUAAGAAAUUAAAAAGAGAUGAUUCGAAUAAAAAAAUUGUGAAGAUAACGGGUACAAAGAAAUACGGGUGUCCUUUUGAGUUAAGGGCUCAUAAGUUGAUGGCUGAUGAUGAUUGGAUGGAAGAUGUAGCAUGUGGAAUGCAUAACCAUGCUCCUGCUAAACAUUUUGAAGGACAUUCAUUUGCAGGGAGAUUAUCUGAGGAGGAAACACCAUUAUUAGUGGAUAUGUCCAAAAGCAUGGUCAGACCAAAAGAGAUUUUGGUUAUCUUGAAACAAAAGGAUGCUUUGAAUGUAACUACUAUGAAAACCAUUUACAAUGUACAUCAUAGGAAUAAUGUUAUUGAGAAAGCUGGGAGAUCACAAAUGCAACAGUUGUUGGGUGAAUUAGAAAAGCACAAUUACAUUGAGCGGCAUAAGUGUGACAACAACAUGAUGACUGUCACAGACUUGUUUUGGGCACAUCCUGUCAGUUUAGAUUUACUCCGUUCAUUUCCAGAGAUGUUGAUCAUGGACUGCACAUAUAAGACAAAUCGAUAUCAUCUUCCUCUUCUUGAGAUAGUUGGUGUGACAUCCACUGAUAUGUCAUUCUCCGUAGUCUUUGCGUAUCUCCAAUUUGAGUGGAUAGAUAACUACGUUUGUAUGUUAACGACAUUGCGUAGUCUCUUGGAUAACAUUGCUAUUCUCGAGGUAUAUCGGACUCGUACAACUACGACUUAUUCAUAUGUUGAUGCACUCCCAGUUGGAUUGAAGCCGUACAUAUGUCUUAUCAGGGAUAUAGAUGUCAAUGACAAUUAUGGUUUAGGGCCAUUGCUGGCUUGA